CCUCUUCCCAAAGUCGCCUCCUCUUCUCCCAUUUGCGAUCGAUUCUCGAAGUGUCCGCUUGUUCUAUCGCUCUAUUUUUUUCCCUUUUCUCGAAAUAUAUGCUUCUUGAACUGUUCAAAGUUAUUCUCGUAAUGUUCAUGUUAAAAUCGUCAAAGUUGGAAUCUUUCAUCUAUAACGCGUUGGUUCGGUGAUGAAAGUUGAAUCUUUCAUCUGGUUUUGUUUGGUCGUGUGAUGUUAGCUUUGUUUGCGAUGGCUCGAUGUGGCCGAGUUCUCAUGGUUCCUUGUCGUACCGUACGACAGAAAAGUUCGGUGCUUUACAGCCUUUUUAGUAGCUUCUGCAACUCCGCUGAUUUGCCGGAGCUGCCUGAUUGGUUUAGGUACCCGCAAGGCCAGCAAAAUUUUGUGGAUUCUGAUGAUGAUUUUGUACUUCCAACAAAGUUGGAAUUUUUGGAAGAUAGUGGUUGCAGUUUAAAGGCCCACGAUUGGAGGUUGGAUUGUAGAAGGGGGUCUUAUGAUAUCGAUGACGGUGAUAGUGAUCUCGAUACAAUUUGUAGCAUCUUGAAGUCAAACUUCACAUCCGUUGAAGCCGUCUUUCAAGCUUUAAAUGGCUUCAGUGUACAUGUGUCCGAUGAUUCGGUUGAUAAGAUAUUGAAGAGAUUUAGUGAUGAUUGGAUUCGAAGCGUUGGCUUCUUUAUGUGGGCUGAUACUCAAGUAGGUUACGAACACUCUCCUCACUCUUAUGAUAUGAUGGUUGACAUUUUAGGAAAGUUGAAACAAUUUAAUGUGAUGUGGAGAUUGGUUGAUGAGAUGGUUCGGCUUGGGGGUUUGGUGUCACUGGCAACUAUGACAAAGGUGAUGAGAAGGCUUGCUGGAGCUGGUAGGUGGAAUGACGCCAUAAGAACUUUCCAUCGCAUUGAGAGCUUUGGUGUUAAGAAAGAUACUAUAGCCAUGAAUGUGCUGUUGGACACUUUAUGCAAGGAAAGGAGCGUUGAGCACGCAAGAGAUGCCUUUUUGGAACUACGGAUUGAAGUAUGGCCUAAUGCCAGUAGUUUUAAUACUUUAAUUCAUGGGUGGUGCAAAGCACGGAAACUAGAAGAGGCUAGGAGAGCAAUGGAGGAAAUGAGAGAAUUUGGUUUUAGUCCUUGUGUGAUUACAUAUACUAGUCUCAUUGAAGCUUAUUGCUUGGAGAAGAACUUCAGAAUGGUUGAUGCGAUCCUUGAUGAGAUGCGUGUGCAUGGGUGUCAACCAAACAUUGUGACCUAUACUAUUAUAAUGCAUUCUUUAGGGAAAGCCAAGGAAAUUCAAGAAGCUUUGAUGAUUUAUGAUAAGAUGAAGACUGAUGGAUGUGCUCCUGAUACCUCAUUCUACAACUCUUUGAUUUACAUACUAGGUAAGGCAGGGCGAUCACGAGAUACCAAUGACAUAUAUGAGGAGAUGUGCAAGAAUGGCAUCUCUCCAGAUGUAACCACAUUUAAUACCUUAAUUUCAGCUGCUUGUGAUCACUCUCAGGAGGAGAAUGCCUUGAAGUUACUCUUUUCUAUGCAAGAAGUCCAUUGCAAACCUAACAUCGAGACCUACACCCCGCUAUUGAAACUUUGUUGUAAACAGAAAUGGGUGAAGAUCCUCAUGUAUUUACUUGGACAUAUGUUUAAGAAAGAUAUUAGUCUUGACCUUAGCACCUACAGUCUUUUGGUACAUGGGCUUUGUCGAAAUGGGAAGGUAGAUCAGUCAUGUCUAUUUUUUGAAGAAAUGGUGUUGAAGGGGUUCAUUCCUAAACAACAUACAUACAAUAUUCUAAUUAAGGAACUUAAAAGGAAGAAUAUGGAGAGUUUAAAGGUGAAAAUACAACAAUUAAUGCUGCAGGCUGAGAGUAUGAAGCUAUCUAAUCUUCAAGCAGUCAAUAAGGAUGAUAUUGAAUGAAGGCCAAGUGAUUGUUUGUGGUGGCAGUGUAUCUUUUUCUGAACCUUCACAUCAUCUCUGCUGAGGAUCAAGCAGUUGGGUCUAUAUGUCUUGGAGAUCAUUGUUAUCAAUGCAUUUGUCACGUGGGAUGUGGCUGAUUUGCGGCAACCAGUGUUCAUUUGUCCAAAGCAACAUCUAUGGUGGAAACUGAUGGGCUUGCAGUGUGCCUAAGUCUAGGUGAGUGCCCAGGCUGUUGCCUGAACUGUUUGGAAAAUGAUGUUGAUGUAAAUAGCUUUGGGGACAUUUCAUUGGGACAUUUCCUAACUUGCAAAUAGUUUUUUGUUCUUCUCUUUUUCUGUAAGAGAAAGUAGAUCAGAUCCCUUAUGACUGAGCAACCCUCCUUCUCGAACUCUGUUGGCUAACUGCUGUUUAUAUGUGUGCCUACAUUGCAAGGGCCUUCUCACUAAAUUGAAAUUUCAAUUCUAGAGUUGGAUAAUGCUGUUGUAGCAUUGUGAUAACUUGAUCCACCCGAUUAACAUGCCACACAGCCACAGAGGUGGAAACAAGGAUCAUCGACAACAGGCUCGCUAGCUCAAGUGAGACAGGAAGGUCUGAAAGGAUGCCAUGGUAGGAUGAAGAUUCAUCAGCUGAAGGACUUCCCUUGCAUGUUGGACAAGCACAGAAUCAACCCACUCAACUUGGGUGCAUUUGAAGCCCGUUCUUCAUUUUCUGUUCAAGUGCUUUGUACCAAGUACCAAUUCGAUCAUUUCAAAUUUCAUUUGUGAAUGGAUUAUCAAUCAUUGACAAUAAUCUUAUUAUGUUUCCGUAUUCA